AUGUGCAGCUUGGGACGAGUUGUACAACCGCUUGACGUCAUAAGUUUGAAAACAGUUACAAAAGCGCAUAAAUUUGAACAUAACACUACACGAGGAAUCAUCAACAGAGUUGAAUUUUGCACCAACUUGAAUACUCACAAAAGCACCCGCAUUCAAAAACAGUUCGUAUUUUACGCUUACAGCCUACUUUUAACGAUUUUUCUGUUUGUCGCGAGCGUUUCGGCCGAACAUGUGCGAGAACUGGAGGUAUCCGAAGGUGUGCCGAUCGGACAUCAGAUUGGUUUUAUCGGUGAGUUCUCACAUGGCGUCGAUAGCGGUCCGCCAUAUCUAAUCGUGCCGGUACCGGGUAGUGGCGUGGAUACCGAUCUGGCUAUCGAUCAUACGACCGGUGAGAUACGGACUAAAGUGUAUUUGGAUCGGGAGACUCGUGCAUCGUACAGUUUAGUAGCCAUACCGUUAAGUGGCGAAAAUGUGCGCGUUGUAGUGCGUGUCUUGGAUGAGAAUGAUAAUGCACCGACAUUUCCGCAACCGGUAAUGAAUAUCGAAUUUCCCGAGAAUACGCCGCGCGAUGUGAAAAGAACGUUGAAUCCAGCACGUGAUCUUGACUUGGGUCAAUAUAAUACACAGCGCUACAAUAUCGUGUCGGGCAAUGUAAAUAAUGCAUUUCGUUUAUCGUCGCAUCGCGAGCGUGAUGAUGUGCUGUAUUUGGAUUUGCAAAUUAACGGUUUUCUCGAUCGUGAAACGACACCAGCCUACAGUUUGGUGAUUGAAGCUUUGGAUGGCGGCAGCCCGCCUUUGCGUGGACAGAUGACUGUGAACAUAACGAUACAAGAUGUCAACGACAAUCAACCAAUUUUCAAUCAGAGUCGUUACUUUGCCACUGUGCCCGAAAAUGCGACAGUUGGUACGAGCGUGCUGCAGGUUUUUGCCACAGACACGGAUGCAGAUGAAAACGGGCUCGUAGGGUAUGCUAUCAACCGACGACAGAGUGAUAAAGAUAAAAUGUUCCGCAUAGAUCCAGAAACUGGUUUGAUUUCGGUCAAUAAACCCUUGGAUUUUGAGACUAAGGAGCUGCACGAGCUCGUUGUGGUGGCGAAAGACCAUGGCGAACAGCCGUUGGAGACCACCGCCUUUGUGUCCAUACGUGUUACUGACGUCAAUGACAAUCUGCCAACAAUCAAUGUAAUAUUUUUGAGUGACGACGCCACCCCUAAGAUAUCCGAGUCAGCAAAACCUGGUGAAAUCGUUGCCCGCAUCUCUGUCAAUGAUCCCGAUUCGAAGGCUGAAUACUCGAAUGUAAAUGUUACGCUCAACGGUGGUGAUGGACAUUUUGGUCUGAAUACACGUGAUAACAUUAUCUAUUUGGUGAUCGUCUCACAGCCGCUAGAUCGUGAGGCCCAGUCAAACUAUACGCUAAGCGUUGUGGCGACUGAUAAUGGUACGCCACCACUACAUGCUUCAAAAACGAUUUACCUACGCGUAACGGACAUCAAUGACAAUGAGCCCGAGUUUGAGCACGAAGUGUAUCACGCCAAUGUGAUGGAAGUCGCUGAUCCGGGCACAUCCGUGCUGCAAGUAGCUGCUUUUGAUCGUGACGAAGGAAACAAUUCUGCGGUUAUUUACGCGCUUGCCGAUACGCCGGAAACGCAUGCCGAAUGGUUUCAAAUCGAUUCGCAUACAGGCUUGAUUACGACGCGCGCGCAUAUCGAUUGCGAAACUGAACCGGUGCCACAGCUUACGGUCAUUGCCAAAGACAAUGGCCAUCCGCCACUUUCGUCGACUGCUACAGUACUAGUGACCAUACAUGAUGUCAACGAUAAUGAACCGAUUUUCGAUCAAAGUUUCUACAAUGUUUCAGUAGCCGAGAACGAGCCGGUCGGACGUUGUAUUCUCAAGUGUACAAAUGCCAAGCUUAGCCGGCAAGCCGAGCACCCACCUGCCAACCAGCCGUUGCAAACGCCUCCACAUCCGUCGCCGCCACCACCAACAACAACGCAGCCGGCAUUACCAGCGGCAGCAAAGCGCACAAUGGGCUAG